AAUCCCGUGGCAUAAUUCCUAUCUUGGUAACGGGCUCGCGGCUUCUGCCUCCUCCUGCCGCACGCGCCGCCCAUUCGACGGCCGGAGCUCUCGGUCUCGGCUUCUGCCUUCCGCACGCGGCCUUCCCAUCGCAACGAUCGGCCAAAGGAGGGGGGUGGUUGUUGCUCCGCCGCCGGCCACCUCUGGCGGCCGCCAGAGUUCGCCGGGGUGGUAGAUCCGCCCUGUGGGUGAUUGUCCUUUUCCAAUUAUCUCUGUAGCAAUGCUUUAUUGCGCACAGAACACUGCAUUUUCCCUUUAAAAUUCAGACGUUUGGAACUGUUGAAUGGAGUAUUCAUCAAGUGAAGAUGAACUGGUUGAGGAUUUCAUCGAUGUCGAGGACGAUACAGGCACCGAGAAUAUUGACCAAGGAACUGGUGUUAUGGCUCCCCAGAUCCAUCAGAUUGACCCUUCUGAGGGCGCAAUGUCACAUGUUGGAAAUGAGCUGCGGAUGGCAGCCGAUGUGAUGGGCAAAAAUGAUGAACCACAUAUGGGCAUGGAAUUCGAGUCUGAUGCAGCUGCACGGGCAUUCUACAAUGCAUAUGCGCUACGCUUUGGGUUCGGGAUUCGUGUUGCACGAUCUCGAAGUGAGCGGAGAAAGGGUGUUGAGGUACUCGUCAUGAAGCGUUUUGUGUGCUUGAAAGAGGGACAUCACAAGAAGAAGCCUGUUGAGCCUAGCAACAAGAAGAAGAGGAAACGGCUCUCCAUACGGGAUGGAUGCCCAGCAAUGAUGGAGGUGGUGCGCAGGGGCCCAGAAAAGUGGGUCAUCACAAAGUUGGUGCUGGAACACACUCAUGUCAUUGUUAGUGCAGACAGGGCGCGGGAGGUCCAGCUCCGCCGCCUAUCUGGGAAGUUCCAGGAACAUGAGAACCAAUUGCAAGAGGUGCGGAGGAAUGUGUUUGGAGAUACAGAUGCACAAGCUCUCUUCAGUUACUUCAUGAGGAUGCAGUCAGAGAACUCUGGUUUUUUCUAUACGAUGCAAGUUGACAGCAGAAACUGUGUAAGCAAUGCAGUUUGGGUUGAUGCAAGGGCUAGAAUGGCAUACACAUACUUUGGAGAUGCUGUUUACUUCGACACUACUUAUAGUCAAAACGAGAAUAUGUUGCCCUUUGCAGCUUUCACAGGCGUGAAUCACCACGGCGACACUGUUGUUUUUGGUUGUGCAUUAAUUUUGGACAGGACAGAAUCUUCAUAUGCUUGGCUUUUUGAGGCAUGGUUGACAGCAAUGGAUAAACGGUUGCCGUUUUCCUUUACUACUGAUGAAGGCAAGGCAAUGGCAGCUGCAGUUGCCAAAGUAUUUCCUCAAUGUUUCCAUCGUCUCUGCAGAUGGCGAAUGUUGUCUAGAUGCAAGAAGAGACUGUCUGAUAUCUACACGAGAUUCCCUGGGUUUCAUGAUGAGCUAAAGAAAUGUGUCAAUGGUUGUGAUACUGUGUCUGUUUUUGACAUGUGCUGGGGCUCCAUUCUUGACAAGUAUGGCCUGAGAGAUGAUACUUGGUUGCAAUCACUGUAUGAAAUAAGGCACAAAUGGGUUCCUGCAUACCUAACCAGCUCCUUCUUCGCUGAGUUGUCAUUAACCCAUAGAGUAGAUACAGUUGGUAGGUUUUUUAGGAAAAACUUCAGUGCAAGAGUUUCUCUGAAUACUUUCAUCACUAAAUUUGAUCAAUACAUAGACGGUUUGUACGCAAAUGAAGCCCAGAAAGAUUUCACUUCAUUUCCUCCUCAACAGCUUCUGAAAACCGAUACGAUCUUGGAAAAACAAGCUGGGAGCAUAUACACCAAGGUUGCAUUUGAAACGUUCCAAGUAGAACUGUUUGAAGCAUCGCAACAUUAUUAUGCUGUUAAGGUUCAGGACGGACCAUACAUGAAGUACUAUGUGGAAAGAUACGGUGAUCCGCCUACCAGACACACUGUUGUCUACAACGUUGCUGAGAAGAAGGCUUGGUGUGAUUGCUGCCGGUUUGCUUUCUCAGCAAUAUUAUGCAGGCAUGUCCUUGGAGUAUUCAUCUUGGCUGGCAUCAUCAUGCUUCCAGAGCCAUGCGUCACAAAGCGAUGGACAAAGAAGGCAAAGACAGGGCCAGAACUGAUUGGACCUAAUCUUGGAAAUGAAAGCAGCAGCGCAGAUUCUGUGUCAUCAAGAUAUAAUGAUCUCGUUCGCGACGCGAUGAAAUGUGCAGAAAAGGGAGCUGUAUCAGCUGGUGCCUUCAGAGUUGCCAAGGAAGCACUAUGCAAAGCCUUCAUGGAGAUAAAGGGUCACGGGGAGAAACUGAACAAGAAUGCUCUGCAGAAAGUGGAUAAUAGAUAGCAGCGGUUGGUUGUCUUUGAAGGCACUUGAGAGAUUGUUUCAGACAUCUUUAGCAAUGAAUUUGUCAUGCCGCCAUGAUCAAGAACUUUACCUGCUCGCUAUCUCGGCAUGCCGAUGACUUAUUGACAUGUUAGUCUGUGUUCGAGUAAACCUAACCCUUUUAAUCAGAGUCGUAUGUUUCAAUACUGCAAGUGAUAUCUCUACUGUAGUCUUUACCUGACUUAGUAGGAACCAGAUUGUAGUUUUUCGCCGCCUGACUGAGUGCCGGCUGCUGCUCAUGAUGUCACAACUCAGAACAGCUAAUACAAUGGAAUCGCUAUGUUUGUAGGAUUUUUUCUUUCCUGCACUAUUUAUCAAUUUUCUUUGAAAAAUA